AUGUCCAAAAAGCCUGAGAAGAUAGGCUGGGGCCAGGUUACCUCGAUGUUUAAAAGUCAAAUAGUGGCAUUUGUGAUUGAUCAUAGCAGUAAUAGGAAGCUACUAAAGUUGAUGGAGUAUGGAAAUCACAUGGGUGAUUAUGGUGUGUUCAAGAGGACUGGCACCUCUAUUGUGAGGGCUGCUAAACCCUUUUUCAAGUGGUUUUCAACCUUUGGUGUUCACCUGAUUCACCCAACUCUUACCUAUGGCUCCAAGGAGCUAACCAAAAAAGAGGAAGAAGCUACUCAAGUAGAUAUAUCUGUUCGGUUGUUGAGAUUGGGGAUCGUGGAUGAAGACCAAUUAAUUGAACAAGCCCUAGAUCGGUUUAUUAAUUGUAACGAGCAGACAUAUGAAGAAUUUUUGAACACUUUCACUCAUCUUUCAAAAUAUCAUGAGGUAACUAAGAGCCAAACACCUGAAACAGAGGCUUCAGGAAACAUUUUUGCCACUCUAGUGUUUCCCUGUGGUCAGAAUAUCAGGAAUGAGUACCUUUCUCUCCAUCCUAUACCACAACCUCAAGAGGAAGAGGAAAUUGUCAUCGAUGAAGACCAGAAAAUUGUAAUUUCCAUUCAAGGUAACCUAAAUCAGAAAAAAAAGGUGAAGGUAGAUAAUUUCCUAGAUUUGGAAGAUUUUGACACGGAUGAAGAAACUGACCAUAAGUUGAACCCGGAGCUGCUGCUGCUGCUUCCAGGAAAGGUAGAAGAGGACUUAUGUUCCUCUCUUUCAGGCUGUAUUCCUUCUCUUGAGCAUCAUUCUCACCUGAAACCAAAGACCUGGUCAAAAGAACAACCCGAAUUCAGGCACUUGAAGGAGAUACCUGUGGAUGAAGUUCAGAUAUUCUUACUUGAUAAAGAAUUUGACUAUGACAGUGUGAUGCUAACCCCCAAGUUCUGUAACUCAGCCAAGGAAGACUGA